AUGGCGACGGCAGUCCCUACCCGCAGCGCCCUGGCCCCGAAUGCCUCCCUCCCGGCCAAGGUCCAGUCCAUCCCUCCAAACCAGACUCUCUACAUCACGAAUCUUCCCUCGGCCAAGAUCCAAAAGGCCGACCUUCGGACCGCACUGUACAUGCUCUUCUCGACCUACGGGACCGUACUGGAUGUCGUCGCCUUGAAGACCAUGAGCAUGCGAGGACAAGCCCACAUUGUCUACAAAGACGUGCAAACCUCUACCCAGGCCAUGAGACACUUGAAUGGGCAAAUGUUUCUGGGCCGCGAACUUAGAAUCCAAUACGCCAAGUCCAAAUCGCACUUCGUCGCCAAACUCGAUGGAACCUUCAAGAUCCCCACAACAGCAUCUGGCGCGGCUGCCGUAGAGCAGACCGAUCUCCAGCGGAGCAUCUUCGACGCCCCGCCGGCUGGAGCGCCUCCGGCCGCCAAUGCCGCCGCGAAACCCUCGACGGGGGCAGAUCAGGCAAUGAAGGACGCAGACGCUACCGAGAACCGCGGCCAGAAGCGCACUCGGGACGAAGAAGAAGAGGAGAGUGAAGAGGACGUGGCCAUGGAGGAGGAUAGCGACGACGACGAAUGA